AUGACGACGCUUUUUCGAACUCUUCGAAAUCUUUCUGUAAAGAACCCAGAUGUCACGCAAGUUGAAAAAGAUGAGGAUGAAGAAUUCAUUCUGGAGAAAGAGCGAGAGCUUCAAAACUCUGUCGACCCUCGCAUGACAUAUUCAUUCGUUCUUCCAAGCUCCAGAAACUCGGAAAAAGUCCUAGAACUUUACCGAUGCUUGAAACAAUGGAUCAACGAGUGCCUAGCUGGACAACGAAUCAUUGUUAAAGAUUUACAAGAAGAUCUUUUCGACGGUCAAGUUCUUCAGCGACUUUUCGAGCACCUUGAGGGUGGAAAGGAGAAAAUAGACAAGCCUGACAUCGUUUGCACGAAACAAGGCCAGCUCGACAAGCUCAAUUAUGUUCUGAAGCGGAUUCAAGACAGAUGUGAGGGCUAUCAUCGAGAGCUUUUUGGAGACGAUGACGAAGAAAGUAUUUACACGAAAAAUUACUUCGCUAUUUGCUAUCUUCUCGUCAUUCUGACCAAGUUUUACGACGAUAAAUGCAAUGUCCGACUUCCAGAAAAGAUAGAGUUCAAGAUGGUUUUUCUGCGUAAAAAUCCUGAUGGCACGAUCACCCGUCAGACUCGAAGCGAACCUAUGUUUACGAGCGUUUAUGAGAAUGGAUACCCAACACACCGAAAAAAUGAGGACAAUUUCGAAAAGCUCUAUCGAGAUAGCCGCGAGAAAUUUGAUAAGCUCAAGGGAACUCUUGUCCGCUACGUUGCCAAUAACCUCAACUGCCUUGGAGUUGAGGAAGAAAUGCUCGAAGACGUUGGUGUUGCUUUCAGGGACGGAAUCAAUCUUAUCAUGCUGAUUGGACAACUUGAUGGAUACUUUGUUUCGCAGCAUUCUUACAAUAUUCCUGCGGACACGGAUGAUAAAAGACUCCAAAAUGUCGAGCUUGCGUUGGAUCUUGUUGUAGAAGCUGGCUGUUCAACAAAAGUCCGAGCAAGGGAUAUAGUUUCCGGCGACGUUAAGUCCAUCAUGCGAGUGAUCUACUCCAUCUUCCAAAAAUUUAGCAUCAGAUCCUAA